UACGCUUUAUUCCCUGACUGCGCACAGCGACGGUGGAGACUUGGCAGCAAAAUAUGCCCAAAAACGUUUUAUUCCUUCUACUCUUUUACACCAUAUAACUUUUGCACUCAGACCUGAGCAGAGCAGACCAAAGGACACAUUUUAAAAAGAGAAGACCAGAUGGAAGAAAAAAUGGAAAGCCGUCUUGAAAAGACGGGUAGUGCCGUCCUACCAGAGGCGAGAAUCAUCCUGAUCGGUGGCCGGUGGGCAGGCAAGAGUUCCUCUGGUAACACCAUUCUGGGAGGGGAAAGGUUUGAAUGUGGACGAGCCAGAACAACUCAGGUAGAAGUGAGGCAGGGACUCGUUCACGGCAGGAACCUGACCGUGGUCGAUGCUCCGGGUUGGAGCAGCUCCCUCUCCCUCUCCGACAUCCCAGAGGGGGAGAAACGAAGCUUUAAACUACACGCAUCCAAGAGUCCACCCGGGCCUCACGUUUUCCUCCUGGUCCUCCCUAUCGACUCAGCUUUCACGCAGGAGCGGAGGACCACUGUAGAGGAGCACAUGAAGCUGCUGGGGGAGCGGGUUUGGCCAUUCACCAUGGUGCUGUUCACCUGUGGAGAUUACCUUGGGGAGAAAACUAUAGAGCAGCACAUUGAGAGCGAGGGAGAGGCCCUCAAGUGGCUGAUAGGAAGGUGUGGGAACAGGUAUCAUGUGUUCAAUAACAAGGACAGAGCCAACUCGUCUCAGGUCUCGGUACUCCUGGAGAAGAUUGACGAGAUGACGCAGCACAACGGUGGAGCUUAUUACAAAAUAGAUGAACAGAUGUUUCAGAUCAUCACAGAAAAGCAGCAACUUGUCGCCCGGAUGGCGAAGGAGAGAGAGACAAAGGCUCAGGAGCAAAGACAACACAGGAUAAAUCUUAUUCCAGAGAAGAGGUCAAUCCCCAAACUCCAGAUGAUUCUCUUGGGAAGCCGAAACGUUGGGAAAACCUCAGUGGGGAACACCCUCCUGGGCCUCAAAGAACAGGAAGACGGGAAACGGACAGCGAACUCGGUCGUUCGCAGAGGGUUUGUAGAUAAAACUGACGUUACUCUCGUCGACACGCCGGGCUGGUGGAAAGGCUUCUCUGCCUGUGACACUCCAGAAGCCAUCAAAGAAGAAAUAAUCCACAGCCUGUUCCUGUGCCCCCCUGGACCUCACAUCUUCCUGUUAGUGAUAGAUGCUGAUGCAUCCUUCCACAACAAAAACCUAAAAGCGGUUAGAUCACACCUGCAGCUUCUCGGAGAGGGAGUCUGGAAGCACGCCAUGAUAGUUUUUACCAGAGGAGACUGGCUGGGAGCAAAAUCCAUAGAGGAGUACAUCGAAGGAGAGGGGGAGGCCCUACGGUCUUUAGUGGACCAAUGUGAAAACAGAUACCAUGUCAUCAACAACAAGAAAGAAAACGAUAGCAGGCAAAUUACAGAACUGAUGGAGAAAAUCACCGAAACUGUGGCUGAAAAUGGCUGGAGCUAUUUUGCUCCCGACCAGCAAGUGCUUGUCACCAUCCAAGAGAGACGGAAACGCGUGGAGGAGGCAGCAAGGCUGAGGCAGGAGCAGGUCCAAGCCAUGAGGAACUCUGCAGGAACCAGGAAGAAGUUGGAUGCUUUGAAGGUUGUUCUGCUUGGCCAGAAGACAUUUGGGAAGAGCGCAACAGGAAAUACGAUCCUGCGUAGAGAAGCGUUCGCGUCCCAUGAGACCGAGCAGUGCCGGGCAGAGAUUGGAAUGGUAGAUGGCAGACAGAUCACUGUGGUGGACACACCGGGUUGGUGCGGACAGUUGUCCCGCUGCACCGAAGCGCUGGACAAAGAAAUAGCUAACGGCCUAUCCAUGAGUCCGUCAGGUGUUCACGCAGUUCUGCUGGUGGUUCCUUUAUCCCUGCCCUUCGGAGAUCUGCAGCAAGAGGCUGUGAAAGAACACGUGAACCUUUUUGGCUCCGGGGUCUGGAAACACACAAUAGUUCUGUUCACUUAUGGAGAUAAACUGGCGGACAGGUCUGUGGAGGAGCACAUGGAGGGGGAGCAUCAGUCUCUGCGCUGGUUGGUGGACCAGUGUGAGAACAGGUACCACACGAUAAGCAACGCGAGGAAAAGCGAUACGGCUCAGGUUACAGAGCUGUUUGAGAAGAUAGAGGAAAUGGUGGCGGGAAACGGAGGCCAGCUUUUCUGCCCGGACAUGGAUGAGACCCAUCAAAGAAUCUUGGAGAAAGCCCGUAGGAGGGAGCUGAAAAACGUGCUGAAGCAAGAACUGGCGAGCGAGUACAGAAAGAGAGAGCUGGAGCUCAUGAUGGGCUUCAGGGAAACCCUUAAAGAGCUCCAAGCGGACAUACAAACUUCUGCGGUGGCCACUAAACCCAAAUUAGCCACUGAUGAUCUGGCCAUCAAGAAAACCAAUGUUACUUCUCAUAGACAAAACGAUAUAAAGGAUGAGACGGAGACAUUAGAAGCCAAAAUCGGCAGAGAAAUCGAGAAGCUGAAUAAGGAGAUAAUGAAAUCCUCAGGUCAUCUUCGGAGCAGCAUGGACGCCUUGUUUCCCGAUUUGGCUGGCGACAGUUCAGCUCAGUCAGCUUCAUCAGACCAGAAAACAUCAAACAGCAACUUUGACAAAGUUAUGGGCUGGCUGUCCAAACUUGACGAAAAUCCGGAGAACCAGCUGACGCAAACGUCAGGAUACGUAUCUUUGCCACCACAGGACGAUGACAAGGUCUCCAUUGUGGAUGACUAGCUUUACAAAACACUUUCCAUUUGUUUAUGCAGCGAAUGGACAAUGGGGAUGGUGACUUGAAGGUAUGAUCCACCUGAUGAACAAGAUGGGCAGAUGGUCACAUUUAUACUUUUUAUACUGGAUGCUGGAAGCUAUUUUUUUCAUUUAGAAGGAUAAUAUUUUACUCAGCUCAAUGCAUUUCAUUGUAAGUUAUGGAUCAAACUUAUCAAAUUUGCUUUAACCAUAAUAGUUAUAUUAUCUUCUAUCCUUUGCUGUACUCUCCUUCCUAUUUGGUUUAAACUAAAUAUUGUAUCUAUGUUAAUAGAAGCUCAUUAAGUCAAAUGGAAUGGACUCAGACAUCUUGUGGACGAAUGGGAUUCAGGAUAACGACAGGUUGUGUUGGAAGACAUGUUCUAAAUGUUGCUUUUGAUUCAUCUCUGGUCAUAAUAGAAUGGAGAAAACCCCCCCAACAACAUUUGAGAUAUUUCUCUUUUCACAAACAAGGAGAUCAUUACUAUUUAUAGAUUUUUUUUUAGAUCUCUAGAUUCAAAUGUGGUCACCAUAAUAUGCAGGAAGCAUUUUACAACAACCCGAACACAGGAAUAUCUCCCCUGACUCCUUUUCAGCCGCUGGCAUCCUGCACCGAGCUGAACAAUAUUGAUCUCUAUGGCAACCCCAUCGGUCUAAAGGCAAAUAUCAAACCAGUGUUAGUCAAGCUGCUGAACUUCAGUCUCAGAACUCAUUCUUUGAGUUCCUGGAAUAAGCAGGAAAAACACCGUAGUGAUGUUUCUCUGCUCCCUCAGAGCCAAUUGUGUCUGAUUGGCCCUCACAUCCAGCAAUCCACCUCAAACCGUGGGGUUUUUUGCAGUGCAGGGCAUAAUCAAACUCCCUUUUUAGUCAGAGUUACCUGGAACAGGAAAAUAAAAAUAAAACCAUGCACUCACACUGCUCCGAUCUCUGAAGCCAGGCGCCUGGUCUGUGGUGAGAGCUGCUCCGUCGCGGCAGAGGCGACAGAGGUUCCAGGCAGCCACCGGUGCAAAGCGUAGCAGAGGUGCUUCAGGUCAAAAUGUGUAAAGUGAGCAGCAGCUACCAAACCUGCAGCGUGGCAUCAAAUUUCUCCACCUAGCACAACACACAGUGACCCUGACAAGGUGUAGUAUUAGCUUCAAGUAUAGAAGCAACAACUCUCAAAUGAUGGUUCAAAAACAGCUGUUAAUGAGCAAAUAAACAUGCAGGCAUGGACAUUUUUGGUUAAAAACACCCAAAAAUUUGGCAGCGUCUAUAAAACGGAGCAGAUGAAAUUGUCACACUUGCCUCGUUUUAGAGCUGACCCUCCAGCAGCAGGAAGAUGUUCAUGAGGAAGCGUUCCAUUUUCCAGUGUCUCUUAAGACCUCCUCUGGUGCACUCAGCAACAAUGUUGGAGGCAAUGUGGACAGAUGAAUGCCAGUCACUCUCAUAUAUUUUGGCAAUGUACAAAAAUACAAAGUUGUUCAGGCUAUAGAAGAAAUUAUUGGUUACAAGAUACCCAAGGACCCACCUGUUGUUUACUUGGGCUGGCUGGAGAGUGAAGAGAUACACAGGGAAGACAUUUAUCUCCUCAAAAUCCUGAUAGUGGCAGCUAAAAAGGCGGUUACCAGAAAAUGGUUAAAAAGUGAUCCUCCACAUCUGACGCAGUGGAUAUCAAUAGUGGAGGAAAUCUUCACUAUGGAGAAAAUGACCUAGCGCCUACAGAUCAAGUCCAAACACAUGAAAUAACACUGUAGAAAAUGGCUUGAUUACAUAAAUCGGAAAGGACUUACCCUCAAUUAGACUGGAACACCAGACAAAACUACAUAAGACCUGCGCGACCUUUGUUGUCCUUCUUUCUUUUUUUUUUUUGUUCUAUGCAAACCUGAAGAACACUAAAUAAAAAGUAAAAAAAACCUCCUCUGGUGGGAAACUGAGAGCAAUUUCAUGGGUGUUGUGUCAUACGAAGGGCUACCAGUACUGAUCUUUGAACUCGAAGAGUCCGAGUUCACCUUAAAUUUAUGUAAAAUAAACACAUUUUUCAUGGUU